AUGGUGCCUGUCCGGAGCACAAGGUCCCUGGCCCUGGGCCAGCAGUAUACAUCCCUGGGCUCCCAGCCCCUGCUCUGCGGCUCCAUCCCAGGCCUAGUCCCCAAGCAGCUGCGCUUCUGCCGCAAUUACAUCGAAAUCAUGCCCAGCGUGGCCGAGGGCGUGAAGCUGGGCAUCCAGGAGUGCCAGCACCAGUUCCGGGGCCGCCGCUGGAACUGCACCACCAUAGACGACAGCCUGGCGAUCUUCGGGCCCGUCCUUGACAAAGCCACCCGCGAAUCGGCCUUCGUGCACGCCAUCGCCUCGGCCGGAGUGGCCUUCGCCGUCACGCGCUCCUGUGCCGAGGGCACCUCCACCAUCUGCGGCUGCGACUCGCAUCAUAAGGGGCCACCCGGCGAGGGCUGGAAGUGGGGCGGCUGCAGCGAGGACGCCGACUUCGGGGUGCUGGUGUCCCGGGAGUUUGCGGACGCGCGUGAAAACAGGCCGGACGCGCGCUCGGCUAUGAACAAGCACAACAACGAGGCGGGCCGCACGACCAUACUGGACCACAUGCACCUCAAGUGCAAGUGCCACGGGCUGUCGGGCAGCUGCGAGGUGAAGACGUGCUGGUGGGCCCAGCCCGACUUCCGCGCCAUCGGCGACUUCCUCAAGGACAAGUACGACAGCGCCUCGGAGAUGGUGGUGGAGAAGCACCGCGAGUCCCGCGGCUGGGUGGAGACCCUCCGCGCCAAGUACGCGCUCUUCAAGCCGCCCACCGAGAGGGACCUGGUCUACUACGAGAACUCCCCCAACUUUUGUGAGCCCAACCCCGAGACGGGCUCCUUUGGCACCAGAGACCGGACUUGCAAUGUCACUUCCCACGGCAUCGAUGGCUGCGACCUGCUCUGCUGUGGCCGCGGCCACAACACGAGGACGGAGAAGCGGAAGGAGAAAUGCCACUGCAUCUUCCACUGGUGCUGCUACGUGAGCUGCCAGGAGUGCGUCCGCAUCUACGACGUGCACACCUGCAAGGCACUGGGAACAGGUGAAGUGUGUGGCUGGGCAGAUACACCGAAGUCCUACGGGAAGCGGGACCUAGAGCCCUCAGCAUCAGACAGCAAGGAACCAGGACUGUUGCCAGAUGCACGUGUGUGGACGUUGUAA